AUGUCAACAACCGCUCCUCAUGUACCUCCGCGUCCAAAUAAGGCUAUAGCUCAUCAGUCUAGCUCCCUUAGCCCAGAAAUCCCGAAAAUUCCUCCACGCCCCGCCAAUAGGAGACAUGAUCGCUCCCUCUCUCCUCUUCGGGAUAGUUAUACUCCUUCUCCGUUGAAUGAAAUACCUGCUUCACACAAAAACGAUGAUAGCUCAGAUAUUUCCAAAGAUAAUCCCAUCGACGCCCUUGAUACAAAAGUAUGCCGGCCUCCAUCGGUCAGUCUACCUUCAGUUGGACAGGAAGGAAUUGAAUAUUCAGAGGCAUAUGCGGUCCAUGAAGAAAAUACCGAUGAAUUAUCAAGGAAUUGUGGUUUUGAUAGUGGCCCCAAGAUUUAUGCACCCAAACCCUCCUUGCCGAACUCAAAUACGAAGAAAAUGGUUUUAGCAGCAUCUAGUCAGGAGUAUGAACAAGAUCCUAUAGAAAAUUCUAGAAAACAGAUCAGUAAUAGAGAAAAUCACAAUGCACCAAGUCCGCUCAAAACAAAUUCCCAACCUGCCAUUCAUUGUUCAAACAGUGCCGAUCGUCCAGCCGCUAAUACUGGAAAUGAAAAUGGCAUACCACAGAUUGGACAGAUUGUGCCCAUGUAUCCCCACGCUGGAGACGUACAGGCGCCUCCGCCAGCCCAGAACCCGGCAAUAUGUUCUACAGAGACCGGCUUAUUCAGUGAUGGAGCUACAGUGAAACACCACGGUCGAAGAUUGAGUGGUCUAGGCCACGAAAUUCCACCAGACGCAUAUGGUCGUUAUGGUCAUGGAAUUAUCACUCAAGAUCCCUUUGAAAAAGCUUACUAUAAAAAGCAUCCCGAGCUUUUAAAAAAAGAGAUAGGAUCAUACGGAGAUGGUAGAACGGAAUGGGCUAUGAGCAGUGAAGAUUUGAAUAAAAUCGUACGUGAAACUGCCAGCCGUGGAACUGGAGAAGGGGCGCUAGCUGCAAAUUUUGGCACCCCAAGUGAGCAAAUUGGAUUUCAAGCUUCAGAUGAAUAUACCUCAAGACUAUCUUCUCCUCGUCCGCUUCUCGUAACUCAGCUCAACAAACCGGAGAACAAAAUCGACUCGGUUUUAGAAAGCGAUCUAGUGCUCAAUCCCAAAUCAAUGGACCCUGCCGAGGUUAACACUAGCCUUAUUAAUCCCCAAUUGUGUCAGAGGCUUGAGAACGAGGCGAUUCAAGAUGGAAUAAUUCAUGUAGAUGAACCUGCGAAGCUUCAUGCCAGCAGCUACGGCUCUAAUAUGCCCAAAGAACCUUCUGGAAAUUUAGCUCCUAAAGAAAGUGAUACUGAAGACCACGGAUACAAUGCACCGAUACUUGCUUCCGACGAAGUUGCUAAAGAGCCGCUUAGCUGGGAAAUAGGGCCAGCUGUAUCACCGCUUCACGAAGAUAACAUGGUUAUCCAAGAUCAUUCCCAAAUUUCAUUUGAAACUGCUCGUGAAUCAAGUCAUAAUGGGAGCAAACUUUUAAGCGAACCUACUACUACACUUAAAACUCCUAUCGGUGAGACUCCAACGACAUCGUUGGAAGAUAUACCCUUUGAACCACUGUUUCCUGAGGAAGGAAAAAAAAGCGAGACAAUGCAAGUAUUGACGAACCAAGAAACAAGGAAUCGAAAAUUUCCUAGCCAAGACGUUUGGGAAGAUACACCACAUAGUUUACAGUACACAGCGACAGUUUCAGAGCCUCAAGUUCCCGAGCAAGAGAAGGAGCAAUUGAAGGUGGAUCACGAUAAUGAGACACCGGCGCAAGCUUUUGCUCGACGGCAUGAAGAAUUAGCUGAGCAAGAGUCUAAAAAUCAUGAGAUUUUCUUGAGUCAAGAAAGAACAAAAAAAAACCGGGCACCAAAGCAAGAAUCGGUGAAAUUUGAGCCGAAAUCAAGACCCUCCAAUCAUCGUUUCCCUAGCCGAGAUAUCUGGGAGGAUACGCCCGAUAGUUUGCUCCUUCAGACAACAGUCGCAGGACCACAGGUUGAGAAGGAUAUUUCCAACGCACUUGAAGAACAGCAAAAUCCAGAACUCACUGAAAAUACUGAAGCCUACCGACUGCCACAGUUCAGAGACGAAAAUAUUGAUCUCGCUAAAUCUUCACAAACGGUCAAGCCUUCAGUACCAUUUAGAUCUACGGUGCCAAACCUACAAGAUAGACAGGAGCAGUCACAGGCAGCUAUUCUUGGGAAGAGUCUCCAGAAGCCAACAUCUGGUCGGUCGUCUCCACUAGCUAUAGCCCCAAAACCAAAACCACAAGUACCAGAGCGUCCUACUAAACCUAUCUCUCAGGGCUCUUCGGAAAGUAUCCCAUCAUCCAUUAUUAGUUCGAUAGCUGCCGCGAAGCCAAAACCGGCUGUACCUGCACGAACCAUGGGUAGUAAAAUUGCAGCACUUCAAGGUGGGCUCAUGUUAGACUUGAGCAAACGUCUACGAUUGGGACCCCAAACUCCCAAAAAGGAUGAAAUAUCUCAUGAACAGCCGGAGGUUGAGAAAAUAACAACACUAUCCGAUGCACGAAAGGGCAGGGCACGGGGACCCGCUCGAAGGGCUCCUAAAUCUACGACUAUCCAAGCUUCUGAUGGCUCUGGGGAGUAUGCAAAUACCCUCGUAAAAGAGAGCUUUACUUCUGAGAUAGUGUCAAUCUGGUCUAUUGAUCCUGAAUCAAAUCAGCUAAAUCAUUUAUCUCACAAAUAG